AUAAUAAUAAAUAUAAAUAAAAUCCAUACGAACUAAAAUCAAGAUGUUGGCGCUUUUCCGGUUUCCGUAUCAGUGGACUUACAAGUAGCAAUGGAAGCUGCUGCUUUAAACUUCGUUAAUGCUACUUUAAAUUGGGUCACUUUGGCUUUGGAUGCCCCCUCUGCACGAGCUGUAGUGUUUGGAGUCCAUAUAGGCGGGCAUUUAUUCGUUGAGGUUCUUCUUUUGGUGGUCAUUUUUUUUCUGCUUUCGCAAAAAAGUUACAAGCCUCCUAAGCGGCCAUUAACUAAGAAGGAAAUAGAUGAGCUCUGUGAUGAAUGGGUCCCGGAAUCUCUUAUUCCUCCUAUUACAGAAGAGAUGCAGAGUGAACCCCCGGUGCUGGAAAGUGCUGCAGGGCCUCAUGCUAUAGUCAACGGAAAAGAAGUUGUGAACUUUGCUUCUGCAAAUUAUCUUGGAUUUGUAGGGCAUGAAAAGCUGCUUGAUUCUUGUACCUUUGCACUGGAGAAAUAUGGUGUCGGUUCUUGUGGUCCUCGUGGAUUCUAUGGAACAAUUGAUGUCCACCUUGAUUGUGAGGCCAGAAUAGCAAACUUUUUGGGAACGACUGAUUCCAUCCUCUAUUCUUAUGGGCUUUCCACCAUGUUCAGUGCAAUCCCAUGUUUUUGUAAAAAAGGCGACAUAAUUGUUGUGGAUGAGGGAGUCCAUUGGGGAAUACAAAAUGGUAUGUACCUCUCUAGAAGCACCAUUGUAUAUUUUAAGCACAAUGAUAUGGAAUCUCUAGAAAAGACUCUAGAGAAAAUUACUUCUAAGAAUCAGCGAGCUAAGAAAUUGAGGCGCUACAUUGUGGUUGAAGCUGUGUAUCAGAAUUCUGGUCAAAUAGCUCCUUUGGACAAGAUCAUCAAACUGAAAGAGAAGUAUCGCUUCCGUGUUUUAUUGGAUGAGAGUAACUCAAUUGGUGUACUUGGCUAUUCAGGAAGGGGACUCGCUGAAUACUGCAGGGUUCCGAUAGAGAAGAUAGACAUUGUUACUGCUUCUAUGGGGCAUGCAUUGGCGACCGAAGGAGGAUUUUGCACUGGAAGUGCUAGAGUCAUUGAUCAUCAACGUUUGAGCAGUUCUGGAUACGUCUUUUCUGCAUCCUUGCCCCCAUAUUUGGCUAGUGCUGCAAUUACUGCUAUUGAUGUCCUAGAGAAAAAUCCUGAUUUGACAUCAAAGCUGAAGGAAAACAUUGCAAUUUUGUGGAAAGGACUCUCUGAUGUGCAAGGGCUGUCACUAGCGAGCCAUCCAGAAUCACCCAUUGUUUUCCUUAGACUCGAAAAAUCAAUGGGUUCAAUGAAAGGUGACCUCCAGCUCCUAGAAGACCUUGCUAAUCAUGCAUUGAAAGAAGAGUCCGUAUUUGUAGUGGUUUCAAAAAGAUCAACUCUGGAUAAAUGCCCACUACCUGUGGGAAUUAAGAUGUUUGUUUCAGCUGCCCACUCAGAAUCUGACCUGCUCAAGGCAUGCUCUUCAUUGAAGAAAGUUACAUCUGUGGUGCUCAAGGAUCAUAUUCGUCCAUGAUUACUUCCUGGGUAUGUCUAAUCAUUCUUGAAAUUUUCAUUUUUUUUCUAUUAUUAU